GAAGGAAAGAUCCUGAAGAGAUUUGUGGGCAAUGUUGAGAAGCUUGGACUCGACCUACUGCUGGAUUGUAAACCAGGAGCAACCUGGCUGAAUUGGCACUUCAGAAACAUCACUGUGAUGGCUCAUUUGGAAAAAGGACGGGUGGGAGACUGGUUAGGAGUUGUUGUCCAGGCCAGGGGGUGCUUCAGUGAAGGCAGGGCCAAGGGCCCAGGGAGAGUAGGCUAAUUUUAGGAGAUAAUCAGGAGCUGGGCUGGCAGCAAUCAGUGGCUGAUGGGCUAAGGGAGGUCAGGAAGACAGAGAAAUACGAGGUGGCACCCAGGUUUCUCCCAGAGUGACUGGAUGGGCACUGUCCUCACUCGCCAAGACCAGAAAUGCUGGAAUGAAGCUGAGCAACACUGCCAAGAAAAACCUGAGGGCAAGUGAGAAAACCAGUUGUGAUCUGCCCAGUAAGCAGGUGGCAGUGCAGCAGCCACCCUGCCUUCGGUGUCUCUUGGAGUCUUAAAGAUGGAAGGGGGAACAAACGUACCAGGACCAGUUUCCUGAAGCUCCAAGCCGCCCAGCUGUUCUGUGAAGAGUGGCCCAGGAACCAGAGACAGCGGCCAUGGAGCAAGGGCUGGAGGUGGCCCUCACAGACCUCCAGAGCUCCUGGAACAACGUGCGGCACCACACAGAGGAGAUCAGCUCUGACCGACUCCUGGUUCGCCGGGGCCAGGCCUUCAACAUCACUCUGUACUUCAGGAAGCGGGGCUUCCAGCCAGGCCUGGACAAUAUCAUCUUUGUGGCUGAGACUGGACCCCUACCAGACUUGUCCAAUGGGACUCGAGCCCUGUUCAGCCUGGCAGGUCAUCAUGGUCCCAGCCCAUGGAUUGCCUCUCUGGAGACCAAUGGGGCCAGCUCCCUGGAGGUGAGCCUGUGUGCCCCUCCCACAGCAGCCGUGGGUCGGUAUCUCUUGAAAGUUCAUAUUGACUGUUUCCAGAAGUCUGUCACAGCCUACCAGCUUGGGGAGUUCAUCCUGCUCUUCAAUCCCUGGUGCCCAGGGGAUUCUGUCUACUUGGACAGUGAGCCCCAGAGGCAGGAGUAUGUCGUGAAUGAUUACGGCUUCAUUUACCAAGGGAACAAGAAUUGGAUCCGCCCGUGUCCCUGGAACUAUGGACAGUUUGAAGAGAAUAUCAUAGACAUCUGCCUGGAGCUACUAGACAAGAGUCUGAACUUCCAGAUUGAUCCAGCUACAGACUGUGCCCUGCGGGGAAGCCCCGUCUACAUCAGCAGAGUGGUGUGUGCCAUGAUCAACAGCAACGAUGACAAUGGGGUGCUUAAUGGAAACUGGAGUGAGAGUUAUUUAGAUGGCAUCAACCCUGCAGAGUGGACCGGCAGUGUGGCCAUCCUGAAACAGUGGCAUGCCACAGGCUGCCAGCCAGUGCGCUAUGGGCAGUGCUGGGUCUUUGCUGCCAUCAUGUGCACAGUAAUGAGGUGCCUGGGGAUCCCCACCCGUGUGAUCACCAACUUUGACUCUGGCCACGACACAGAUGGAAACCUGAUCAUAGAUGAGUAUUAUGACAGCACAGGCAGGAUCUUGGAGAAUAAGAAGAAGGACACUGUCUGGAAUUUUCAUGUGUGGAAUGAGUGUUGGAUGGCCCGAAAGGACCUCCCUCCUGGAUAUGGAGGCUGGCAGGUGCUGGAUGCCACCCCUCAGGAGACGAGCAAUGGCCUCUACUGCUGUGGCCCUGCCUCUGUCAGAGCCAUCAAAGAGGGAGAGGUGGAUCUGAACUAUGACACAGCCUUUGCCUUUUCCAUGGUCAAUGCUGACUGCAUGUCUUGGCUUGUCUACGGAGGGAAGGAGCAGAAAAUUCACCGGGACACGAAUACUGUUGGCAAUUUUAUCAGCACCAAGAGCAUUCAAAGUGAUGAGCGAGAUGACGUCACAGAGAACUACAAAUACAUAGAAGGUUCCCCCCAGGAGAGGCUGGUGUUUAUGAGAGCUCUUCAGAAGCUGAAGGCUAGAAGGUCUGAAGGCCCCCACAAAGCAGACUCACAACAUUCCACACCUGUGCCACUGAAUGGGGACAGCCCUCGGAGCCUGCAUAUGCCUUCCCUUCGGCCCAGUGAUAUAGUCCAGGUCUCCUUGAAAUUCCAGCUGCUCGACCCGCCCAACAUGGGCCAGGACAUAAGGUUUGUCCUGCUGGCCCUCAACAUGUCACUCCAGUUCAAGGACCUCAAAGUGAACCUGAGUGCCCAGUCCCUGCUGCAUGAUGGCAGCCCCCUGCCCCCUUUCUGGCAGGACACAGCCUUCAUCACACUUUCUCCUGAAGAAGCAAAGACCCAUUCCUGCAGAAUUCCCUAUUCCCAGUAUAGCCAGUACCUGUCAACAGACAAGCUGAUCCGCAUCAGUGCCCUGGGCGAAGAGAAGAACAGUCCGGAAAAGAUUCUGGUGGACAAGAUCAUCACCUUGGCUUAUCCAGGCAUCAUGAUUAAUGUUUUAGGAGCUGCCAUUGUGAAUCAGCCACUCUCCAUACAGGUGCUGUUUUCAAACCCCCUCUCAGAGCAUGUUGCAGAUUGUGUGCUGACUGUGGAAGGAAGUGGUCUCUUCAAGAAACAGCAGAGAGUUCUCAUUGGAGUCCUCAAACCUCAACACAGGGCCAGCAUCACUCUGGAGACUGUCCCCUUCAAGAGUGGCCAAAGGCAGAUCCAAGCUAAUCUGAGGAGCAACAAGUUUAAGGACAUCAAGGGUUACAGGAAUGUCUAUGUAGACUUGAGGUUAUAAAUUUUGGAACAAUGAGUGGAUGCACAGAUUUUAAGCUUCAGGAGAAGGAGCAAGUUCAAAUGCAAGCUGUGCCACUCCACAACAGGAGCUUUGUAGGGGUUCUGAAGUAAGCAACAGAGGAGAUGUCAGCAAUGGAUAGUCCCCUGGACCAUUUGCACAGCUCCCAAGGAGUCUUAUCAGAGACCAGAGAGUCUAUGGUGUCCAAUCCAGAGUUGUGAGAUAACACUCAAAUGUCUGAGGGCAGUGGUUGGACUUGACCAUGACUUACUGCCCCCUCAGAAGACUGACUGAGCAGCUCACUGUCAUUUUGUCACUGCAGUGGCUAAUGUCCUAGUCCCAAUAAAUUUCAGUCCUUUGCA